AUGGCGCGGGGAUGGAGGUUGCUGCUGGGAGUGGGAGCUGUCUUGCUUGGGGCCCAAGGGGUCAGGACACAAGAAGAGCACAGCAAGAUUCCGUUGCCAAGUUACCAUUAUGGUGCGAAGAUUCCUGUCAGUUGUUUGGAACGUUCUAUUGAAACGGGAGAACACGUAUCAAAUGCGCAAGAUGAACUGAAAUACAAUCCUUUCCCUAUCUGCAACGAAACGGGAAAACCACUGGAGUUACAAUACGGGAUUGAAGACGAACUCAACUGCACGAUUCCUAUGAUCACAGAUCCGUUCUUCCACCUCCUCGAAUUCUACAUCCACAACGACGCUCCUCUCUCCUGCCGAAUCCCCUCCCGGCCCCCAGCUCACAUACACCCCGGAGGCAUACCCGCUUCGAAACUGCCCACUGAAUUUCAACAAGAAUACGUGCCCUUGAUCUUUGCUCUCGCCGGGACCUUGCAGCUAUCACAUCUGCACGUAUCCACACAUCUCAACAUCCUCAUCCAUUCGACCCCCAAACACCACCUGCACCAUCAUGAUAGCGGCGUAAUCGAUUCCGGGGCGGCUUAUAGCACGAGCCCGCUAUCGCACAUGACGGGGCCGGCGGCGCUAACAAAGAAGCUGGUGAUUGGGGAUCCUUUACCGCUGCAAUUUAGCGUUCGGUGGUUCCCAACACCGCAUCUGCCGACUGACAAUGGGAAGGUGGAGUGGGCGGGCAUGGGUGGACAUUUCUACGCGAGCACGUUCUUCUACUGUUUGUUGAGUGCUGGAGCUGGUGCCUUGGGCAGUGCUGUGUGGUUCCUAGGAGUUGUGCUGCCGAAAAGACUGAAAGGGAGGGGAAUGGGUGGAGCUACGCCGUUAGGAGGUUAUGGAGUUGGGAAUGGUUGGGGAAUGGGCAAGCGUGACUGA